AUGGAAGCAGUAAACAAUUGUGCCUUGGAGAAACUGAUCAAAAAAAUGGAUGAGUAUGCGAGAGAAGAAGCCAAAGAAAGAGAAAGACAAAGACAAAGAGAAAGAAUGAUAGAGAGAUGGAAACAGAGAGAGGGAUUCGGGAGGGAGAUGGGUGACAAUUAUUGUGUCUUGGAGAAAUUGAAUCAUCUAAUGAUCAGUAAGGCGUGCAGUUGGACCGCAGAUCAGAUUGAUCACAUCGACUUCUUUUACAAUAGGCCAAGAUUCCUAGCAAUCAUUCUCAAGGAUAUGGACGAGAAGCAGCAGCAGCAGCAUGAGCGGAACCAUGAAGCUAAAAACCUGCAGAUGCAAAUUUAUUAUGUGAUCUGCAAGACAAGACAACUUAUCCGUUUUUUUUAUGCUCAUUUUCCAGGGCAGAGGGACAUCAGCAACAACGGUGACAGUUUUUUUGAUAUUUUAUUUGGCAUAAAUAUCAUGGAAGAGAUUAAGACGAUCGAGGCAAAAGUGCUGCAGUUUUAUGACCAGAUAAAUCAGAUCCAACUCCUCCUACAAGAUGAUAAAGAUUUCAAUGAUGGAGUCCAUUUGUCAAUGUCAAUGUCGAUAGAGAACAUAACCAUGGUAAAUGAAGAAAUUACAGUGGGCUUUGAUGAUGAGGCGUUGACUAUAAAAGAGCUACUUGCUAGAGGGAAGAAGCAGCUACAAAUGAUAUCAAUUGUUGGGAUGCCUGGACUCGGUAAGACAACUUUAGCCACAAAACUGUACAAUGAUCCUUACAUCACACACUACUUUCAUAUUCGUGCAUGGACCUAUGCUUCUCAAUUACCCAGAAAAAAAGAUAUGUUGUUGGACAUUUUACGCUCUGUUAAUGUCGUCUUUACCGAUGAAAUUGAAAACAUGACCAAUGAGAAGCUAGGCAAAAAGUUGUACAAGCAAUUAAAAGGCAAGAGAUAUCUCAUUGUCAUUGAUGAUUUAUGGGAUAUUGGUGUCUGGGUCGAUCUUAAAAUGUAUUUCCCCAAUGACAACAAUGGAAGUAGAGUUAUGUUCACUAGUCGCCUAAAAGAGUUGGCUAUGCAUGCCUCACCUGAUUGCCAUCCUCAUUGUCUGCGUUUUCUCACAAAAGAAGAGAGUUGGGAGUUAUUACAAUGGAAGGUGUUUCAAAAUGAAAGUGGCCCUCCAGUACUGAUUGAAAUUGGGAAGCAAAUAAUGAAAAAAUGUGAAGGGCUUCCACUUGCAAUUGUUGUAAUGGCAGGACUUCUUGCAAAGGACAACAAGGCACAAGAGUCGUGGGAACAAGUUGCCCAAAGUAAAAGCUUGGAGGAAGUAGCAGAGGAUUACUUAAUGGAUCUAAUUCAGAGAAGUCUGGGAAGAGCAAACUAUCAUGUGUCAUUAUGUUCUGAAGAAGCAGUAGUGGAUCACAGCCAACCCUCUAUAUUAGAAAACCUACGAACCAUUGCAAACUUCAACCCUUGUGGAUCUAUUCAGGAUUUAUUGGCAAGAACUCCGUAUCUUACGAAGUUGGGAAUUUGUGGACAUCUGUUGUCAUCAGAUUCAGAGAAUUUGAUGUUUCCUAAUCUAGAAUUUUUAAGACACCUUGAGACUUUAAAGCUACACAACAAUAUUUUGCCCAGAUACCCAAGUACUCUCGGAGAGGUCAAGUUUCCUGCAAAUAUUAAAAGGCUAACCUUGAAAUCUACAAGGCUCAAGUGGGAGGAGAUAUCAGUCCUUGGGAUGCUGUUACCCAGCCUAGAGCUUCUCAAAUUAGAAUGUAAUGCUGCCUGGGGAUCGCAAUGGGCAACAACUGAUGGUGGGUUUCCUCGACUCAAAUUCUUGAGACUGAGGAGCCUCAAUGUCAAGCAAUGGAUCACCUGCUCUAGUCACUUUCCAAGCCUUCAAUACUUGUCGUUGGAAGAUUGUCAAAAUCUCGAGGAAAUACCAUCUAGUUUGGGGGAUAUACUCAUCUGCAGCUAA